GGGGGAUGGGGGGGGCUCUCCCCUCCCCCCCGUUUGUGUAACGAGCCGGCGCCGCUAACGAGCCUCCCGCUGCUUAAUGAGGCCAUUUGCAUAUGUGGCCAAGCUGCCUCCCAGCAUGCUUUGCAGCGGGCUCACCCCCCCACACACACCCCUUUUCCCCCCCACAGGUCCCCAGGGGGGGGCUGCCAUGACCCCAUCGCCAUGGACACCUCAGACCCCGCCUCCUGCCCGCCGCCAGCCAAUCAGGGGCCAGGGGGCGGCCCAACGCCCUCGGACAUCAGGUCUACCCAGGUAGGCCUGGGCCUAUCCGGGCCCGGCUGCCCCUUCCCGGCCGGCGGCGGCCAUGUCGCCUCGCCAAAGGGCCCCCUCCCCGCCCCCGCGCCCCCCCACCGCAUUACCUCAGCCAAAACCCCGCCCCCGCGACCCAAAGACGACGCCGGCGGCGAGGGGCAGGGCGGCGGCCUCUGGCUCCGCCUCUCCUUCCGCCGUGGGGCCGCCAACAUGGCCGCCCUGGGCUCCCUCGUGCCAAAUGCCGCUGGCGAGGAGGAGGAGGAGGAGGAGGAGGAGGAAGAGACCACGGAGCUGAUUGGGAGACCCAAAACGGACCAAAGCCAAAGCCCCGGGGAGGCGCCUGGCCCGGCGACAGCCAAUGAGGACGUCCCCAGGGCCGCCCCGGCCAAUGAGGAGGGCCCCGGAGCUGCGUUGGCCAAUGGAAGGAGCCGCAGCGUCAGGUUGACCGGCAAAGAGGGGCAAAACGUUGGGUUGGCCAAUGGGGAAGCGCCCAACGUUGGGUUGGCCAAUGGGGAUGAACCCAACAUUGGGUUGGCCAAUGAGAAAGAGCCCAACCUCGACUCGGCCAAUGAAGACAGGCCCGACGUUGGGUUGGCCAAUGAGGAAGCACCCAACGUUGGCUCGGCCAAUGACGAUGGAGCAUCAUCCGGCGACGAAAGCCCCGACCUCGCCACCGCCAAUGGAGGGGGCCCAGACGCCGGGUGGGCCAAUGAAGAGCGCCCCACGCACCCCGCGGCCAAUGAGGACCCUCCGCGGGCCGGCGGAGAGGGGCCGGGCGCCGCCGUGGGGCAGAAGCACCCCCCCGGCGCCGGGCGCUGCCCCCGCUGCCCCCCCGCCGCCCCCCCGGCCUGGGGCCGGCCCCACGGCUGCGGCUGCCGGCCCUACCGCUGCGAGGCCUGCGACUACGCCACCCCCAGCAAGGGCAACCUCCGCAUCCACCGGCAGUCCCGCAAGCACCUGGCCGCGCUGUGGGGCUGCCCCACGGCGCCCCGCCGGGCCCAGCCCCCCGAGGGCCCCCCCUUCUGUGGGGCGCAGGGGGCACCCGAGGGGCGGGAAAGGGCCGCUGCCGCCGCACCAGGCGCCGUGGGGAUGCCAGGGCGGCCCUUGGGCCCGGUGCCCGGGCGGUUCGGGGCGGAGAGCCGGGAGGAGCUGCUGGGCCCCGCCCCCAUGCCGCCGCCCCACGGCCCCGCCCCGCCGGCCCCCCAGCGCCGUGGGGUGGAGACCUCCCGCCCCGAGACGAUGGGGCGCCACGCACGGGCGGCCGGGCACCAGGAGGGCGAGCGGGUGCCCCGCUGCCCCCCCGGGAGAGGCCGCCCGGGGCCGCCGCCCCCCCUGCGCUGCCCCCUCUGCCGGCGGCAGCUGCCCGGCCGGGGGGGGCUGCGGCUCCACCUGCGCCGCGGCCACCGCGUCGCCCCCGGCUGCCUCGACCGCCUGCUCCGCGGGGCCACCCCAGCGGAGCCCCCCUUGGCCACCAAGGUGCUGCCCCCCACGGCAGCCCCACGGCCCCCCAACGGCGACCCGGCGCUUGGAGCCCCCCUGCCGGGCGCCCCAUCUCUAGCAGCCCCCACGGAGGAGGAGGAGGAGGAGGAAGAAGAGGUGCCGCCACCUCGGGGGGCCCCCGACCCUGCGCCGGGGGGCCGCCGGGCGCCCGCCUUCGCCCUGGACAAGUUCCUGGACCCGGGGCGGCCCCACAAGUGUGGGGUGUGCAAGGAGUCCUUCACGCAGAGGAGCAUCCUCCUGGUGCACCUCAACUCCGUCUCCCACCUCCGCAAGGCCAAGGAGGCGGCGGCGGCCGAGGGCGGCGGAUGUGGGGCGCCCCACGGCGACGCGGGGGCCCCCGGCGCCCCCCAGCUCCCGCCGGAGAAGCCCUACAAGUGCCCCACGUGCCGGGUGGCCUACAACCAGAGCUCCACGCUGGAGAUCCACCUGCGCUCGGUGCUGCACCAGAGCCGGGCCCGCGGCGCCCGCCCCACGGCCGCCCCACGGCCGCUCCUGCUGCCCCUCUUCCUCCGCGAGCCGCCCCGGGCGCCGGCGCCGGGCCCCACGGCGGCCGCCCCGCCCCGGCGGCGCCGCUUCGCCCGGACCCGCUUCAGCGCCUUCCAGGCGCAGGCGCUGCGGGCGGCCUUCGCGGCCAGCGCCUACCCGCGGGACGGCGAGGUGGCGCGCCUGGCCGCCAUGUUGGGCCUGGCCAGCCGCGUGGUGGUGGUCUGGUUCCAGAACGCCCGGCAGAAAGCCCGCCGGGCCGACGGCGCCGGCCCCACGGCCGCCUGCCCCACGGCGGCCGCCCCCGCCUGCCGGCGCUGCCGGGCCUCCUUCCGCGGCGGCUUGGAGCUCCUGCGGCACCUCGAGGUCUGCUGCGGCGACCGGGACGGCGGCGACGGCACCGACGGGGGGGACGAGGGUGGCGGGGAGGAGCUGCCGGGUGGCUCCCGUGGGGAUGUGGCCUCGCUGGGGGGCUCUGAAGUCAUCCCGGCCCCACUGAGGGGCUCCAGCGUGGACACGACCUCAUUGGGUGCCUCCAAAGUCAAUACGGCCCCAUUGAGCUCUUCCAACACGGACACGACCUCAUUGGGUGCCUCCAAAGUCAAUAUGGCCCCAUUGAGCUCUGCCAACAUGGACACGACCUCAUUGGGUGCCUCCAAAGUCAAUAUGGCCCCAUUGAGCUCUGCCAACAUGGACACGACCUCAUUGGGUGCCUCCAAAGUCAAUAUGGCCCCAUUGAGCUCUUCUAACAUGGACACGACCUCACUGAGCAUCUCCAAAGUCAACGUGGCCCCGUUGAGCAUCUCCAAAGUGGACACAACCUCAUUGGGUGCCUCCAAAGUCAACAUGGUCCCGUUGAGCGUCUCCAAAGUGGACAUGACCUCUUUGGGUGCCUCCAAAGUCAAUAUGGCCCCAUUGAGCUCUUCCAACGUGGACACGACCUCAUUGGGUGCCUCCAAAGUCAAUAUGGCCCCAUUGAGCUCUUCUAACAUGGACACGACCUCACUGAGCAUCUCCAAAGUCAACGUGGCCCCGUUGAGCAUCUCCAAAGUGGACACAACCUCAUUGGGUGCCUCCAAAGUCAACAUGGUCCCGUUGAGCGUCUCCAAAGUGGACAUGACCUCUUUGGGUGCCUCCAAAGUCAAUAUGGCCCCAUUGAGCUCUUCCAACGUGGACACGACCUCACUGAGCAUCUCCAAAGUCAACGUGGUCCCGUUGAGCGUCUCCAAAGUGGACACGACCUCAUUGGGUGCCUCCAAAGUCAAUAUGGCCCCAUUGAGCUCUUCCAACAUGGACACGACCUCACUGAGCAUCUCCAAAGUCAACGUGGUGCCACUGAGCAUCUCCAACGUGGACACGACCUCACUGAGCAUCUCCAAAGUCAACGUGGCCCCGUUGAGCAUCUCCAAAGUGGACAUGACCUCAUUGGGUGCCUCCAAAGUCAACAUGGUCCCGUUGAGCGUCUCCAAAGUGGACACGACCUCACUGAGCAUCUCCAAAGUCAACGUGGCCCCGUUGAGCAUCUCCAAAGUGGACAUGACCUCAUUGGGUGCCUCCAAAGUCAACAUGGUCCCGUUGAGCGUCUCCAAAGUGGACACGACCUCACUGAGCAUCUCCAAAGUCAACACGGCCCCGUUGAGCAUCUCCAACAUGGACACGACCUCAUUGGGUGCCUCCAAAGUCAAUGUGACCCCAUGGGGCAUCUCCAGCAUGGACACGAUCUCAUUGGGUGCCUCCAAAGUCAACACAGCCCCAUUGAGGGUCUCUGAUGUGGACAUGACCUCACUGAGCAUCUCCAAAACCAAUGCGGCCCCAUUGAGGGUCUCCAACGUGAACACGACCUCAUUGGGCGCCUCCAAAGUCAAUAUGGUCCCACUGAGCAUCUGCAACGUGGACAUGACCUCAUUGGGCGCCUCCAAAGUCAACAUGGUCCCGUUGAGCACCUCCAACAUGGACAUGGCCCCACUGGGCAUCUCCAAAGUCAACACGGUCCCGUUGAGCAUCUCCAACGCGGACACGACCUCACUGAGCAUCUCCAAAGUCGAUACGGCCCCGUUGGGCAUCUCCAAAGUCAACACGCUCCCGUUGAGUGUCUCCAAAGUCAACGUGGCCCCAUUGGGCAUCUCCAACGUGGACACGGCCCCGUUGAGCACCUCCAAGCUGGAUACGGCCCCCCGGGGUGUCUCCAAAGUGGACGCAGCCCCAUUGGGCGCUUCCAGAGUGCAAAUGAGCCCAUUGGGCGUCCCAAAAGCGGACAAAACCCUAUUGGGCGUCUCCAAGGUGCAAACGACCCCAUUGGGUGUCUCCAAAGAGGAACGGACCCCAUUGGGCGCCUCCGAGGAGGAACGGACCUCCCUGAGCGUCCCGAGGGUGGAAACCGCCCCCUCGGGCGUCGCCAAGGGGGAACCAACCCCGUCGGGCGCCUCCGACGCGCAAACGACCCCGUUGGGCGUCGCCAAGGGGGAAAAGACCCCGUUGAGUUGCCCAGGGGUGCAACCAACCCCGUUGGGUGGCCCAAGGGCAGAACUGACCCCGUUGGGUGUCCCAAAGGCAAAAUCAACCCCGUUGAGGUGCCUGAUGGCCGAAUCAACCCCGUUGAGCGUCCCCCAGGUGCAACCGACCCCGUUGAGCGUCCCAAGGGCAGAAUUGACGCCGUUGAGUUGCCCAAAGGUGCCAUCGACCCCGUCGAGCGUCCCCAAGACGGAAGCGGCCCCGUUGAGUUGCCCAGUGGCCAAAUUCACCCCGUUGGGUGUCCCAAAGCCGGAAUCAACCCCGUUGGGCGUCCCAAGAGCGGAAUCGACCCCAUUGAGCGUCCCCAUGACAGAAUCGACCCCAUUGAGCGUCCCCAUGACAGAAUCGACCCCGUUGGGUGUCUCAAAGCUGCCAUCGAUCCCAUUGGAUGUCCCAAGGGCAGAAUCGACCCCAUUGGGCGUCCCAAGAGCGGAAUUGACCCCGUUGAGUUGCCCGAUGGCCGAAUCGACCCCGUCGAGCGUCCCCAAGACGGAAGCGACCCGGGUGAGUUCCCCGAUGGCCGAAUCGACCCCAUUGGAUGUCCCGAGGGUGGAAUCGACCCUAUUGGGCGUCCCCAAGACGGAAGCGACCCCGGUGAGUUGCCCAACGCCUGAAUCGACCCCGUUGAGUUGCCCUGUGGGACAGUCGACGCCGUUGAGUUGCCCGAUGGCCGAAUUGACCCCAUUGGACGUCCCCAAGACAGAACCGACCCCAUUGGGUGUCUCAAAGGUGCGAGUGACCCCAUUGGGCGCCCCAAGGGCUGAACCGACCCCGUCGAGCUGCCCCAUGGCGGACUCGCCGUGGGGGGCCGGGCCGCGGACCCCCAAGCGCCACCGGGAGGGGGGGCGGCGGCGGCCAUCGGGGGGCGGGGCCAAGCGGUUCCGGAACGCCUGGGCCCACCAGUGCCGCCCGCCCCACGGCUGUGGGGCCGGCGUCCCCCGCGGCCUCAGCGACUCGGCCUCCUCGUCCGCGUGGACCCACACGUGUGGGGCGCAGCUGUGGGGCUGCUACGGCACCUGCCGGGCCCAGGCGGCCCCCGUCCCCUGCCCCCUCUGCCGGGGGGCGGCCCAGCCCCACGGCGCGGCCCGCGGCCUCCUCUUCUCCCCCGGGCAGCUGGCCCAGCUCCGGGCCGCCGUGGGGCAGGAAGGGGCUGCCCCCACUGCCGGGGGGUGCUGAGCCUGAGGGUCUCUGUGGGGCUGCCGUGGGGCUGAGCCUGGGGGUGUGCGCAGGGCUGGGUGGUCGCUAUGGGGCUGGGGGUUCCCAUGGGGCUGGGAUGAGCCCGGGGGUGCAGGGCUGGGGGGUCGCUAUGGGGCUGAGGUGGUGCUGAGGGUUGCUAUGGGGCUGGAGAGGCCAGGUUGGGGGGUUGCUAUGGGGCAGGGAUGAGCUGCGGGUGCAGGGCUUGGGGUCCCCGUGGGGCUGGGGGUCCCCAUGGAGCCGAGGGGGCUGCAAUGGGGCUGAGGGGCACCUGUGGGGCUGGGAUGAGCCGGGGGGUGCAGGGCUGGGGGCUGCUGUGGGGCUGGGAUUGGGGGGUCUCUAUGGGGCUGGGGGGUCCCUGGGGGGCUGGGAUAGAGCUGAGGGGCGCUAUGGGGCUGGAGGCUGGGACUU